GUCAGAACCAAAUCAUCGAAGAUUUGGUGGCGAAAGGUAGCUGAGAAUCAAGGAGCUGGCCAGUCAACAGAAACGCACAUCUGUCACAACUGUUACACAAGUCCCGACUGGACUGAGAUUAUGCCCGAAGGAUAUGAAGACGUGCGAAGAUACAGGGACUUGUUGGCACGCAACACACAAAUCCGCGGCCCAGACUCUGCAGGAAAGCACAUGAGACACAACCGUGAUCGGGUGAGGGCUAAUAUACGCAAUUGGAUCUUGCGUCACCCUUGGGUUAGGCAAUUGCCCUGGAAGACUUACCAGCCUCUAUGUUUCAAAGAUACGGCACUGUUCAGAUGCUCAAAGUGCAGCCCGGCAAGAUAUCGAAGCUUGAAGAUGUGGUGGAGGUUGCGGGAUGAUACAAGAGACGAGACUCUCUGUCAUUCUUGCUACAUAGAGACCCACCGGACUUCACUUAUGCCUGAAGGGUAUGAAGACGUAGAAACAUACAAGGAUUUUGUGGCGCGGAAGAAGCAGCUUGACAAUCAAGGAUGCAAGCAUUAGCUGCCUUGUCGCCCCAGUCAAAUUGAGUAUCAGCCCAUGAUAGCUCUCUCUCCCUAGAGGACUUUACUAUCGCAGCUGAACGUCCUUCUUCAGCUGUCAAGCUUUUUGUUCUCGUGAAAACUGCAGACAACCUUUUACCA